CAUGAUUUUAUCAAACUGAAAAUAAUUCAUGAUUUUAUUAAACUGAAAAUAAUUUAUGAUUUUAUUAAACUGAAAAUAAUUCAUGAUUUUAUUAAACUGAAGAAAAUUCAUGACUUUAUUAAACUGAAGAAAAUUUAUGAUUUUACUGUAUUGAAGUAA